AUUGACGUACCCCGGCGUCUGCGGCGCGCCAUCCUACUGAACGACCUCCCGCUGGUCAAGCGCAUCAUUCGCAACAACCCAAACUACAUCCGCAACCCAGACUUUGACGAUCGCUCAAACACCUCGCUGCACCUCGCCGCAAAGCAUGGCUUCACCACCAUCGCCGAAUUCCUCGUCGAUGCUGGCCAUGAAGACGGCAUGAUCAGUCGCAACAAUGACUGGGAGACGCCACUGAUGCUCGCCGCCAUGGCCGGCAAAGAAGAAUGCGGCGUCUACCUUGCCAAGCGAUUCCCCGAAUGCGUGGGCUGGAAGAACAAGACGGGCUUGGAUGCGCUGAUGCUAGCGUGCAAGUCAGGGUCUGGCACCUUGCACUUGAUUCCCACGCUGAUCAUGCACGGCACGAAUAUUCUCUCUGCAUGCGAUAACCAGGGCAAUACCGCGCUACAUCAUGCUUCUGCCGCUGGCGAGCUGAAAGCACUACGUAUGCUGCUGCAGUACGGUGCAAAUCCGGUUGCGAGCAAUAGUUACAGUUGGACACCGGUGCACUACAGCGCGACGAGCGCGGCAGAAGCAUAUUUCAAGACGCUGAUUAUUGAGUUUGAGAAGAAGAAGGCCGAGGGGAAGCGGUUGAAUGCUGAGAAAGAACGUCAGCGCUCUGCUGGUGUGCGGUUGGUUACGGAUCCGGAGGGGCUCAAUGGUGCAAAAGAGGCGACUGCAUAUUCCAGGCCCGAUGGUGCUGGGCAUCGUAGGAGCAGUAGUAGGCAGAGAGCAAGAGACGAUGCGGCUAUUGCGGGGUUGCCUGCUCCCGGUAUGGAUUGGAGUCCUGUGGAGAAGCGGAGGGCUAUGACGCCGACUGAAGGCCGUGGCUGGGCUUUCUCUGCUGAUGGUAUUCGUCCCAGAGCUGAUACUGGAGAGUCUAUUUAG